AUGUUUCAGCGACGUAUUCUUUGUGGUAUACAACCAUCGAAUGUUCCACAUAUUGGAAACUAUUUAGGUGCAAUUAAAAAAUGGAUCGAUUUACAAAAUAGUGGCGAUAAUUUAAUUGUUAUGUUAGCUGAUUUACAUGCUGUUACUAUUCCACGUGAACCUGAUGCAUUGCGGAAAUCAACCUUAGAAACAGCUGCAUCGUUAAUCGCUUGUGGUAUAGAUCCAAAACGAAGUAUUAUCUAUCGACAAUCGGAUCUUCAUCAUCAUACUCAAUUAUCUUGGUUACUUGGUACAUUGACUACAGUUCAAAAAGUUGGUCAUAUUCCAACAUAUAAAUCAAAAGUCAAAGAUGAAACUUCAAUACCCUUAGGUCUUUUUCUCUAUCCAAUUUUACAAACAGCUGAUAUACUUCUAUUCAAAACAACACAUUUACCUAUUGGUGAAGAUCAAAUUCCACAUUUACAAUUAUGCACUUAUAUGAUUGAAAAAUUCUAUCAUUAUUAUAAACAAAAUAUAUUUCCUGUUCCACAAAUGAUGGCUACUGAAACUACUCGUAUACGAAGCCUUCGUCAUCCUGAACAAAAAAUGUCUAAAUCUGAUUAUGAAGAACGUUCACGUAUUGAUAUAAUGGAUGAUGAAAAAAUGAUUCAAGAACGUGUAAUGAAAGCUUUAACAGAUUUUAAUGCUCAAGUUUCUUAUAAUCGUGAACAAAGACCAGGUGUAUCAAAUUUAAUUGAUAUCUAUGCUGGUAUAACUAGUCAAUCAAUUGAAAGUAUUGUUAAUGAAGCACAACAAAAUAAUCAUAAUACUGGUCAAUUUAAAAAACGUCUUGCAGAAAUAAUUGUUGAACAUUUUCGUUCAAAACGUCUCGAAUAUUUAAAAUUAAUGAAUGAUCGUACAUAUCUUUUAAAUAUUCUAGAUGAUGGACGUAAACGUGCUAAAGAAAUAGCUGAUAAAACAUUAAAUGAAGUGAAACAUAUAAUGGGUUUUUAG